AUGGUGGCAGGCAAUGCCUUUGUGGUAAGCUUAGCCAUUGCAGACUUGCUUGUGGCUUUCUACCCUUACCCACUGGUCCUGAUGAAUUUUUUUCAUGAUGGUUGGGUAACGGGCUACAUCCACUGCCAGAUCAAUGGCUUUCUGAUGGGUAUGAGCACCACUGGGUCAGUCUUCAACAUCACUGGCAUUGCUAUCAGCCACUACUGCUACAUCUGCCACAGCCUAUAUGACAAGCUUUUUUCAAGCAUCAACAUCCUGUACUACACGGGACUGGUCUGGGCACUCACUUUGCUGGCCAUUGUGUCAAACAACUUUGUGGAGUCCCCGCAAUACGAUCCCUGGGUGUAUUCCUGCACUUUUUCCCAGUCUGUCAGUGCCCUGUAUAUCAUCAUUUUGGUGAUGGUCCACUUCUUACCCAUCACUAUUGUCAGCUACUGCUACCUGAAUAUCUGAGUGCUUGUUAUCCAGGUACAGCAGAGAGCGAAGCCAGACAUUUGCCCCCAAACGAAGCCCCAUCAAAAUCUUCACCCCAUCAGUAUCAGAAACUUCUUGACCACGUUCAUGGUCUUUGUGCUCUUUGCCAUGCGUUGGGCACCAUCAAACUUCAUUGGCUUUGUGGUAACAAUGAAGCCUACCUCGAAUUCCUCCAUCCCAGAAUGGCUCUUCACCUCCAGCUAUUUCAUUGCAUAUUUUAACAGCUGUCUGAAUGCGGUGAUUUAUAGGGCCAUGAACCAGAACUUCAGGAAAGAGCACAAGAGAAUCAUACUGGCUGUAUUCCAGCUGGCAAACAGGACUGACUGA